AUGACUCACAGCGCCUGUUCCCUCAAAUGGCCCGCAUCAUCAAGCACUUCUUACAAGAACCAUGAAACCGAUCUGAGCCCCCGCAUCAUACUCGGCCUAUGGCACCCCCUCUUCAUCCGCCCCGCCGUCAAAGAUCUCCCCGCCUGCCGUCGAUUCUACAUCGGCUUUUCCAUCCAAAUUGCUAAUAAACAACACUUCUGGGACACGUGUGAAGGCUUCUCCAUAUCUUUUCCUUUCCUCAUGGGUCAAGAGGAACAGGCGUUUGUCAAGGAAUGCAGGGAGAAGGGAAAAGAAGUCACUGCUUGGACAGUCAACGAUGAGUCGGAAAUGAAAGCCGCUUUGUCCAUGGGUCUCAAAGUUGUUUUGACGGACAAAGUUGGCGUAUUCGCAAAUCUCAAACACGAGAUAGCCAAAAACCCAGAAAGCCUUCAGCUUCAGGGCUUGGAGAGAUGGACGUUCCCGUGGUCAAAUUGGAAGUAUUACUCCGCUGGACAGAGAUGGAUCCUCAGGACGAGAGUGCAGCAGUUGCAGAAUCUCUGCUACCAGCCUGGCCCAUUAACAUUACCAGACUUGAGUGAUCUUGACACGGAUACAGGGGAAGACCGGAGCAGCCAAAAGGGCGGGGGCACAGUAUGA